CUCCGUUCUUGUCUCACUCAUCAGAUAUUUAUCUCGUCUCAGUCUAUCUAAUAGUCGGGACACGCACCUAGUAAUUCGAACUCGAACUCGUACGACUGAAAGUGGACGUAACACGGACUCGCACCAAGUGGAGACUUUACCGGCGCGCUAGAAAAUGGAUGCAGCAAAUAGUUCCCGGCUAAAAAUGGAUGCAGAGGGCGGUAUCAAACAGUCGCGAAAAAGCGCCUCAAGCAAAACGCGGCCGUGGCCGCUCUCAGGUUUCUCUCUGGUUAUACUAUAGAAGUCUGUGGUGCUAGCGCGAAAAGGGAAACCUGGUGGUAGAGGUACUGCGUUCGAAAUGUCUAUAAGAAGUUCUUGCGAUAUGCAAGUGCAAAUUGAUCAAGAAGUGGACCAAAAAAGAAGAAGAGUUGGCUCAAGUGGCCAAACAAAUAAUGCUACUCGAACUCUCAAUUCAAUUAAAGAUCCACAAAUUAUAUUUAAUGAAAAUGAGGAGAACUUUAUAGAAGCAGUGAAAUGGAGUGGGUUUGUUGAUAAGUCCAUGCUGAUAGCAGAAUUAUUAAAAGUCCCACGUCUUGUACUCAUUUUUGCACCUAAAAGAUUCGGAAAGUCCUUGAACAUGAAUAUGGUUCAGCGUUUCUUUGAAAUUGAAAAAGGUCGGGACAUCAAGCAUCCGCCAUAAAAUUCGAAAGAAUUAGAAGGAUAUAAAAACUACAGAGCUUUCUGCAGAAUUGGGGAAAAUGGAGAAAGGUAUUCGGAAAAAUGUAAAAUCUUGAAUGAAGUAAAUCUUAUCAGAGAACAUUUUGACACCCGGUCCUAUAUCUGAACUUCAAGGAUUUUGAAAUAGACUCUCCAGAUAUAGUAGCAGAUUGUUUAAGAGAGGUUGUGCACGAGUUAUAUCUUGAUCAUUCGUAUUUGACUGUGAGCCCCUCCAUAUUUGACUGUCUACAGAGAAAUAAGGAAGCUCAACAACAUUGUAAACAAUGGUGUGAUGAAGAAGAAUACAAACAGAAGGAUGAAAGAGGCUUAUACAAAUUGAAUACAAAAAGAGGCUUACAAAGCCUGAUUAAAUAUUUGAAUGCUUACUAUGGGAGAAAAGUAUAUCUAUUAGUUGAUGAGUUUGAUGCUCCUACAAUAGACGCAUUGCUGGCAGGUAAAAUGGAAGAUGAAGUAGAGAAGAUUGGUAAUAUGGUUAUGAAAUUUCUGGGUGCCGUUAUGAACGGACCAAUAGCUAAAGACCAUCUGUUAGGAGCAUUAUGCACUGGAGUCUCAUACUUAGUAAGUGCUGACGUUUCUACAUACCUCAAUAACAUACCUGCUUACAAAUUCUUACAAAAUAGCCGGUUUGUUGACUAUUAUGGACUCGAAGAUAAUGAGUUGAUGUUGCUUCUUAAUAAUGUCAUUCCUGAAAAGGAGAGAGAUCAAGUACGAGACAACAUAUUCCAAUUCUACAAUGGCUAUUAUCAUCAGAAUACACGUGUAUGUUGUUUGUGGUCUGUCCUUCACUAUGUGCGGCACUACUUGAACCAAUCUGAUGAAAGUUUAGAUUUUUGGGAUGGCUCCCCUUUAAGUCGUGGAGUGGCUGGUAUUCUCAAACAUUCUUCUAUUCAGGAAGACAUGCUUGUUUUAAUGGGAGGUGGAUCCAAAAAAUUCCAGCCCCUUAACAAAGUAGAUGCAACCGACCUUGCUAACUUAUUUCAGUUGAUACGGGCAGGUCAGCUUUUAGAUAUUAAUGUGCCUGAUCCAAAAAUAAUAUUUACAUUUUUCCUUGAACAAGGGUAUCUUUCUCACAAUCCUAAUUGUAGUCCUAGAGAUAAUGAGGAACCUUUCAGAAUUAGGAAAGAAGUUAUUGUAAAAAUUCCUAAUGAAGAAAUUCACGAUGCAUAUAACAAUAUGUUAACACACUUCUAUGUCACGAUUUAUGGUUUUAGUGAAACAGCGAUGGAGAAAUGUGCAUCAAUUUUUAGCACAAUGCCUGCAGAUAUACAUAUAGGUGACGAGAGAUAUGAAACACUGUUGAAUGAUUUCUACGAAUGUUUGGUAAAGCUUUUUGAAAGAUUCAAAUUAUUGUCGGAUGUGGUAGAACGUUCAUUACAGUAUCUUAUGUUCUGUGUCAUGAUCAAAGCUGGAUUCAAGGAAUGUGUUGUUGAGAAAUAUUUCACAAUUACGAAGGAUGGUGAGCCGGAGAGAUAUGGUUACAUAGACAUGUGGAUGUGCCGCAAAGAUGGUUUUGCUGUUAUUUGAAAGUUUGGAUUAAACAAGAAAACAUCAGAUCAUGCUAUGAGAGAUAUACUUGAAGUUGUUCCACCGAAAAAAGUAGCCUAUGUUGAAAUAUUGAAUCAACGGAACAUACAAAAGUUUGUUCUUAUUGGGUUGAGUAUGAAUAGUGACUGCCGAGUAUUCAUUCGGUGUUUGGCAAAUAGCAGAGACUCCAAAGACUGUAUCUCCUUUCCUAAAACAAUCUGAAUAUCUCUAAAAAACAUUUUCAUCACUGGACUGUAAUUUGAUGAGACUGUCGAAUGUAAUGUAAUGCUAUAUAUUGUUGUAGCAAUUAAUCCUUUAGCUUUAAUAUUGUAAGAGUUAAGUAGCUCUUUAUUUGUCAAGCAAUGGUCAAAUGGUAUCCACAAUGGUCGUUUGUAAGAUUUUGCAAUCAAGGUUUCCCAAUGAGAACAAAAUAUAUGUAAUGCAAAGAAAGUGUUGAAAAUGUAA